AUGCCCCCGCGCCGUCUGUGCACCCACUGUAAUGUUGAAAGAGCUGUGCUAAAGCGACCCCGAAACGGACAACUUCUUUGCCAGUGCUGUUUCUUCCGCCUAUUUGAGGACGAGGUGCACAAGACCAUCGUGUCUGAAAGACUCUUCACUCCCGGGGACAUCGUGGCAUGUGGCGCUAGUGGUGGCAAGGACAGUACGGUUCUGAUGCACCUGAUGAAGCUGCUGAACGAGCGCCAUGUGUAUGGCGUGCAGUUGCUACUGCUGAGCAUAGACGAGGGCAUAGCCGGCUACCGUGACGAUAGUCUCAAGACGGUGCACCGCAACUCGGCGCAGUACGAACUUCCUCUGCGCGUGCUGUCGUACAAAGAGCUGUACGGUUGGACGAUGGAUGAGGUGGUGCAGCUUUCCGGCUUGCGCAACAGCUGCACAUUCUGCGGUGUGUUCCGCCGUCAGGCACUCGACCGCGGCGCGGCGAUGCUCGGCGCAACAAAAAUUGUGACGGGGCACAACGCCGACGACUUGGCCGAGACAAUCCUUAUGAACAUUCUGCGUGCUGACCUCCCGCGCCUCUCACGCUGCACGAGUGCCGCCACCGCCGGAGAUGGCCUCGUACCGCGUGUGAAGCCGCUCAAGUAUGCCUAUGAGAAAGAGAUUGUUCUCUACGCACACUUCAAACAAUUGGAUUACUUCACCACAGAGUGCUCGUACAGCAAGGAGGCCUUUCGUAGUGAGGCGCGUGUGUUACUCAAGGAGAUGGAGUCGCUUCAACCACGUUGCAUUCUUGACACCAUCCGUUCCGGUGAGCGUUUGCGUGUGAAGGAGAAAGAUGCUGCCCCGGAGAACCCUCAGGGCUCAUGCCUUCGGUGUGGUUACGUGACGAGUCGACGACUUUGUCGAGCCUGCGUGCUGCUGCAGGCGCUGGACAGCGGCCAGCCAAUGACUGCUCUGCGGGGAAAGCAGCAUGAAGAGGAAGUGGGAGAUGCUUAA